GAGACUCCACACAGGCUGUGACUACAGAGACGCACAGAGCUCUCAAGAAGGCUGUGACCAGGCAGGAUUAACUAACCCAAAAAACUACCCCACAUCACACCGAGGGGGGGAAAAGGAAUAUCUAGAGCCGGCACAAGUGGACGGAAUACAACUUAUUCAAAGUUUUUAUUUUAUUUUUUACUUUUAUUUUUUUGCUGAAGGUUUUGUCAUCAUGAGGAUUUUCCCCGUUGCGCUCCUGCUGGUUUACGCCUUGGUGGUGUCCAGACUGGCCUGUGGCGCUGCAGUCGACAAAUAUGAGAGCAAUAGGCAGGAGCCCACAUUUAUUAUCAACCUCAUGGACACAACCAGAGACAGGAGGGUAGAAGAGGAGAGCAGAAGCAGCGUGGCCACAACAGUGAAGUAUGGUCAGGAAGGUGAAGAAGAGGAGUACAACGAUGAAUAUUACUAUGAUGACGAGUAUGAGGAUGGCAUGUCUGGAGACAAUGAACUGGAAUUCCCACAAGUUGCCAUGUCAAGCAAACCCAAAGACCUAUCUUCCAUCCUGGAGGCUGAGAACACUGAUGGAAAAAGGAGAGGAAAGGGAAAAAAGAAGGGGAAAGGCAAGGGAAAGAAGAGGAACCCCUGCCUGAAGAAGUUCAAGGAUUUCUGCAUACAUGGCACCUGCCAGUACCUGAGGGACAUCCGUGCCCCAUCCUGUGUGUGCUACCAAGAUUACUCUGGUGAAAGGUGCGAGUUGUUCAUGUUACCUACGCAGUCUCAGGUGGGCUACAACAGAACUACAGCUCUGGCCGUGGUAGCAGUAGUGCUGUCAUCUGUUUGCCUCACAAUCAUAGGCCUUCUAUUAAUGCUCAGGUUUCACAAGCGGGGAGCAUACGAUGUGGAGAGCGAGGAGAAGGUCAAACUAGGGCUGACGUCUAACCACUGAAGAGAUAAAUAGAGGCAAAGAUGCAGAAAUUCUACCUCAAGCUAGGAAAAGAGGAGCGAAACGCAACAGGAAGUCCCAGAGGAAACAAGAAUGUAUAGAAAGAAGGGAGCAGAGUGCAUCUCCCUGCCAUUCUGUGAGAGGUCCAGAUGGCAAGAGGGCAGCCUUGCAUGUUCUCGGUGGCUGCAGAAGAAGAUAGCACAUCUGGAACUGGAAUACUAACGGACUCAGGAGAUGGACUGGAGAUGUGAUCAGCAUGAAGGAACUAGAAGUGCUUAGACUUUGUGCUGCUUUUUGACUGUGUGAAAGUUUCAAAUGGAACUGAAAUCUUUAGCAGCAAUGAGAGCUCAAUCUGGAUUUUUUUUUUUGUUCCAAGAGACAGCGUUUUAUAUUUUCCUGCACAAGGCCAUCAUCAUUUUUUUUCUUUUUUUUUUGUGUGUGUACAGUAAACCGUAUAUUUAUAGGUUUAAAUUAUUUAUUUAAGCUAACUGUAUUUAUGGAGAUUUUUAACCACCUUUUGCAGUUUUUAAAAUAUUGAUGUUACAGUUCUUUUUAUAUUUCUUAUUGGACAAUAUUUAUUUAUGAAACAGAACACAUUGCAGAUGCUCCUUGAGUUUAAUAUUUCAUAAAAAUGCAUAAGCAUCUGAUAUCUUUUGACUUUAAUUUAGGCACUCAGUAAAUGAUCAGUAGCACUGUGAUUAAUUAAUAAAUUGAUCAUUGAAUGGACAUAAUUUGUUUUGUUUUGUUUUAGGGUUUUUUCAGUGUAAUUAGAUUAGAGAAGUGCUUUGGAGCAAUACCUAGAAGUUUUAGAGUAUAACCAGUUGGACCUGGUUACCCAGAACAACCAGGUCCAACCAGUAGUAAUGGGUUCAAGGACCUUUGCUCGGAUCAGCUAGUAUAGAGGUUGGGCCGAGCCCUGCCCUUUCAUGUUCCCCACCCAACUUUAUCCUGCAGGCUCGGGGAUAUUAAGGCCACCAAAGGCUUUGUCUUCUGCUUCGGUUUUAUCCAGACAGAUCAACAUAGGUCAUUAUGAUUUGCUACGCUGGCUGUGAACAGAUCAAAGGCAAAAACAUCUGUAUUUCUAGGAAACUUUCAGUAGGGGAGUCAAACCAUUUAAUGCACUGUAGCAAGAAAUGAGUGUGAAUAAGUUGCAUAAUGUCUUACCAGAGGAGAAACUGUCAAGCUGUCAUAAAAGAAAAUGUGAAUUCAAAUGUUCAAACCUUUCAAAUCCUGUCCUGCAGUUUUGAAGUGAUUUUUUUUUGUUAGGUUUUUUUUCUAGAACAAAAUAAAUAGAGAUAAUCAGAUUUUUA